UCUCAAGUGUUAGAUAUUUAAAAUUCAAAUUAGCAAGUCUCGUCCCGUCCGUGACUUCCGUUGCUACGGAUCCGCGAAUAGGAGAACAGGCUAAUACCCAAGAUGAGCAGUAUCUGGAAGUAACAGAUUUAAACUUUUCAUCAUCCAUACAGGAAGUUAUGACGGAGUUGUGAACGCUGAAUAGUGAUGGUUGACUUCCAGUCCCGGUACCGGCUCUAUGGUCACGGUUACACCUCCCCAGAGCUGAAAUACCCGGUCCCCACGUACAGGGAACUCUACCACAACAAGGCACCGACCAUAUUCCCACGGAGACCGAGAGCUCAUGACUGCAGACAGGAGGCGAUGAAGGACUUCGUUGAUGCUCGGGAGUGGGAGACUUGGCUUCUCUCCCAGGGACUGAAGCAGACGAUUCGGAGCGCCACUACACUCAACGUAAAGGUUAAAGAGACGUACUCCGACGGAACAAAAAAGGAGCCGAUUGUUCCUUUAAACCCGGUACCUAGUAAGGAGAGACCAGAAAAGUUGCUGUUCAACGUCGGAAUUCGUGGAAAUGGGGACGGCGAUUUUAACUUUCCGAGGAGCAUCAUUACAACACGUGAUGGAGAUAUUGUAGUAGCGGAUACUAUGAACCAUCGAAUACAGAUCUUUAAUUCGUUUGGAGUUUUCAUAUCGAAAUUUGGGAAGAGAGGAAUAGGUAAACUGCAGUUCUCUGAACCGGCGGACGUGACGGAAAUCCCGAACGGAGACUUGGCUGUGGCAGACAAACGAAACAAAAGAGUUCAGAUUGUCACUCAGAGUGGUCAGUUCCGGAGUGUGUUCCAAACAGUUGACGAACCGUACAGUAUAUCAUGUGACUACAGUGGUAACGUCAUCGUGUCAACGACACGAAGAACCCUAGAAGUCUAUAAAAAGGGAGGGAAGUUGGCACAUCGAUUCAGCAUUCCGGGAAUCUCUCGUGAUAGCUUUGGGUGCAAAAUUUGUGUUAAUAACAGACAAGAAAUCAUAGUGUGUGAUGCCGUAAAUUCGACGAUAAAAUUCUUCACCUACGAAGGCAGAUAUGUAUCGAAAUUUUCUCCUCAAACACACGGUGAAGGGUUGACAAUGAUUCCAUCUGGGAUCUCAAUAAAUCGAAUGGGGGAAAUACUAGUCGCGGAUUCCCUGAACCAUACUGUUAACGUUUACAAUGACACAGGAACUCUCGUUAAACAAGCCAUUUGUCCCACAGAUCAAGCGGGAUGUGUCCAGGCAUGUGCAGUGGGACCGGAAGGGCAUCUGGUGACCACAGAAUUCAGUUUAUCUGGUCCCCACUCCUUGAAGAUUUUUCGAUAUCGUCCGUGUCACUGCCAUAUCACCAGGCCAGGGUCCAGCAAACGACGCACGCCCACUCCUCAGUCAUUCAGAUAACAUGUUGACGUAUAGUCAUGAAUACGAAAGAACGAUAUCAUUAAAUUCUACAACAUAAUUUUUCAAGGCUGUGAUAAUUUUGUUAUGGAUUCAUUUUGCUAUGAACUUAGACUUUAUGUAUUAGAUAUGUGCUAUUAUUUAAGAUAGUAUUAUUGAUGUUGUUAUGUUAGUGUCAAAACCGAUUAAAUGCUGUAUAAGUUAU